AUGCUUAUUAAUUCAACGAGUUAACGAAAACUAAAACAAAACAGCCUUUCCCAAUUUAGAAGCCCAAUAAUUAUUCCGAGUAGUUAACGCAUCUCUCCAGUUACUUCUGGAUUAAAUAGUUUGAAAAACCUACAUAGUCAUAAAGGAUCUUAGAUUGAUAUCAAUAACCUAACUCGAAUAAUCAAACCUACAAAAUUAAGCGAAGUAUUUGAUUAAAAUAUGUUAGUCAGUUAAUAAUUUAUAAAUUUAAGUUUGGCUUGCCAAAGCUAAGGAGAAUAUAAAAGUAACAGCUGAGACUAAAUUACAAUUACCUAAAAAACAUAUUAAAUUUCCAAGUUAAUAGUUUAUGAACUUUAAAGAGAUUGUUCAUACAUAAAUAAGCCCUAAACUAAAUAGAGAAAUUUUGUUUAGCAAAAAUGCUUUUAAUUUUGAGUUCGUCAUUGGAAUAGGUGGUUUUGGAAAAGUCUGGAAAGUUCAACAUAAAAAGACAAGUUUGACAUUUGCAAUGAAGGAGAUGUCUAAGGCAUUGUAUUAUAUUGAUUAAAUGUAGAAUUGUAACAAAGAAAAGUGUACAUUCUGUAAUGAAUGAAAGAUAAUUAUUAAGUUAGUUAAAGAAUUCUUUUAUAGUUAACAUGAACUAUGCUUAUCAAGAUAGGGAAAAUCUAUAUUUAGUAAUGGAUUACAUGAAAGGAGGUGACUUAAGGUACCACAUAGGGAAAAUGAGAAGAUUUAAUGAACAAUCAACAAGUACCUUUAAUAUAAAUAAAUAGAAUUUUUUAUUGCUUGUAUUUUAUUGGGAUUAGAAUACAUUCAUUCUAAUAAGAUUAUUCAUAGAGAUAUUAAACCAGAAAAUUUGGUUCUCGAUGAAAAAGGCUAUGUUCAUAUCACAGAUUUUGGAAUUGCUAGGACUGCAAAGACUGAAAAUAAUAGUGACACAAGCGGAACACCAGGCUAUAUGGGUAUAUUAAUAGUAAUAUAAUAUUUUAGCUCCUGAAGUCAUGUGUAGAUAAAAUCAUACCUAUGCAGUUGAUUACUUUGCCUUAGGAGUUAUAGCUUAUGAAUUCAUGCUGGGAAGAGUAAAUAUAUUGUGUAUUUUAGAGACCUUAUUUGGGGAGAUCUAGAUAGGAGAUUAGAGAUUAAAUCCUAGCUAAGUAGGUAUAGAUAAGGAAAAGUGAAGUUCCAGAUGAUUGGUCUUUAGACGCAGUUGAUUUUAUAAAUUAGGUAUACGAUUUUUAAUAUUUAGCUUUUAUAACGUAAACCUCAAAAUCGCUUAGGAUAUUCAGGUAGCCAAGAAAUCAAAGAUCAUCCUUGGUUUGCUUAAUUCCCUUGGGAUAAAUUGUAAAAUAAAACUUUAACUCCUCCUUUUAUUCCUAAUGUAUUAUAACAUAAUUCUAUUUAGGCAACUGAAGACAAUUUUGAUCAAAAGCAAAUCAUAUUGGAAGAUGAAGAAAAUAAUGAAUUGAUUUAAUCAAAUAUUGUUUUAUUAAGAGAUUAAAGCAUACAAGGUAACAAAAUAGAUAGAUUUUUAGAUCAAUUCUAAGGAUAUGAGUUUUAUUAUCAUGCGAAUUCCUCAUCAACAGAAUAAUCUUCUGGUUCUUCUACCAAACACAGUCGCAAUCUAAGCGAAAGAAUAUAGUUUGCUGAUAAAAGAAAAAUAAUAUGA